CUCUUCCCCCAGGAGCCUGGCUCGGCUUUCCUGCAGUUGGGUGUCUCCAUCGAGCAGCAAAUCCAGGUGAUCUUCAAGGUGUUGGAGGAAUACGACUGGGGCUCCUUCGCCGUCAUCACCAGCCUCUACCCAGGCUACCACAUCUUCCUGGAUGUCAUCCGCUCCUUCACGGAUGCCAGCUACUUCGGCUGGGAGCUCCAGGAGGUGCUCACCUUCGAGAUGAGCCAAGAGCGGAGCAGCUCCAGGACACAGCGGCUCCUGCGGCAGAUCGAUGCCCAGGUCCUCAUCGUCUACUGCUCACGAGAAGAGGCUGAGUACCUCUUCGCCAUGGCAGAGCAAGCUGGCCUCGUGGGGCCAGGCUAUGUCUGGAUCGUGCCUAGCCUGACAGUGGGCAACAUGGAGGUGCACCUCCUCAACGUGACAUGGGAGCACAGGGACUUCUCCUUCAACGAAGGCGGCUACCUGGUCAGGCCCACCAUGGUGGUGAUCUCACUUAACCAGCACCGGCUCUGGGAGAUGGUGGGCAAGUGGGAGAAAGGCAUCAUCCACAUGAAGUACCCGGUGUGGCCCCGCUACGGCUCCUUCCUGCAGCCCGUGGCUGAUAACCGCCACCUGACGGUGGCCACAUUGGAGGAGAGACCCUUCGUCAUCGUGGAGAACACGGACCCCAGCACCGGGGUCUGCGUGCGCAACACCGUGCCCUGCCGCAAGCAAACCAACUCCUCCCAGAGUGGCGAUGGCCUCGUGGAUCCCUACACCAAGCUGUGUUGCAAGGGCUUCUGCAUCGACAUCCUGAAGAAGCUGGCCAAGGUGGUGAAGUUCUCCUACGACCUCUACCUAGUGACCAACGGCAAACAUGGCAAGAUCGUCCGUGGGGUCUGGAACGGCAUGAUUGGUGAGGUGUACUACAAGCGCGCGGACAUGGCCAUCGGCUCCCUCACCAUCAACGAGGAACGCUCCGAGAUCGUGGACUUCUCUGUGCCCUUCGUGGAGACGGGCAUCAGCGUCAUGGUGGCCAGGAGCAACGGCACCGUCUCCCCUUCUGCCUUCCUGG